UCCUUAGUCCGCAUCCGUUACUCACCUUGUCAAUUGUACAUCUCUCUACACAAGUGUAUACGAUCAAAUAAUGACUUCGCAAGCAGAGCCCGGUUAUCCCACUCAUUUUAGUCCUCUCAAUGUUGCCUUUGUCUCGGAGGCCGGAGUGAUGACCUUUUUGUCGACAUGCUUGGUCGUUACACGGUUUAUUUCACGCUAUCUCACAAUAUCCAUCAAACGGGAUGACUGGUUCUGUCUGCUUGCUCUGAUCUUUGCCUAUGGAUUCCUAUGCACGGCCACUCUCGGUGCAACCGUGGGUCAUUCGGGCUUCCACAUCACUGAGUACAAGGAUCCUCUUGUGCUCGAGAGAUACUUUCAGAUUGUGCUAGCGAACAACGUGUUUUAUAACAUUAGCGUGGGGCUGAGCAAAAUCUCUAUUCUGCUGUUUUAUCAACGCAUCUUCUCAAUCAAUAAGACCUUCCUGCGAUGUACCUGGGUAAUCGCAGGCCUCUCUGUUGGGGCAUGUACUGCUGCGGUCUGCGGGCUCAUCUUUGCCUAUACCCCAGUUGAUGCGCAGUGGCAAUUCUGGAAGCCCAGCACGACCAUCGAUAACAAAAGCUUCUGGAUUGCCAUGGGAGUGGUUAACAUAUUGCUUGAUGCGAUCAUUCUGGCCCUACCACAGCCAGUUGUAUGGCGGUUAAACCAGACGCGCCAUCGCCGGAUUUUGCUGUCUUUGGUGUUUAGUGUCGGUGGCUUUACCUGCGUGACCAGUGUUGUACGGCUGUUCUAUAUGGCCACGGUAGAAGUUAAUGAUCUUACAUAUACUUUCAUCGUCCCAGGAAUCUGGACUAAUGUCGAAACGAACAUGAGCAUCAUUUGUUCCUGUCUGCCAAUGAUUCCGAAUCUGGUUCAGCAUAUCCGAUCAUCUCGAUCAACUAGAGGUGGCAGUUCACCAAAGUGGAGCGGAAUGACAUACGCCCGCCCCUUUCGCAAUUGGAAGUCGAUCUUCAGCUCCUCGACCUUGGAACGGUAUCACGGUGAUGGUUCCCGCCAAGGGCUGUACUCUGACCUUGAGAUGGCAAAUUCUGAAGAACAUACUGACCACCUGGGCGAUGUGCCCAAGAUUCAAGUGAAGAUGGAAUUCUUGCAGAAUUGGGAUCCUGUAACCAAGUGAUUAUUUUCUAUCUUAUGUUCUUUCAGCACAUACACCCUCAGAUGUACGUAACGGAAAGCUUCUUGAGCAUACAGAUGGGGUCCGGUUGGGGGCUGUUGCUGAUGCUUAUGGUGGAAGGGAAGUAUAACAAAAUUGAUAAGAAUACGUACAUGAUUAAAACGCC